AUGGGCAUCCCUCAUCUCAUCUCUACCCUAGAACCCUAUGCGGUUCAUGGAGUUCUUGACAACGACCGAGUAGUCAUUGAUGGCCCUGCCUUGGCAUAUCACAUUCUUCACAUCUGCAAUAGACAUGGUAUAGUCCAGCCCUCAUACCAACUCCUCGGGGAUACCACCAUCGCAUGGCUAGAUGAACUCGUCAGUCGUGGUGUAAGUGUUGAAGCCAUUUACUUCGACGGCCAUCUCCCGCGAGCAAAGCGACUAGUCCGGAUGGAGAGAAUGGUGAAAAGCCUCAAUCAGCUCAAAGUAUCGCACUCCAAGGACCCAAGUGGCUUCUCUCCGGCCUAUUUUUCAACUGCCAAGGAGACUCCCCCAACACUUUUCUCCUCUACACAACACCUGGGAAAACCAAUUCUACCACCCAGUUUCCAUGUACCAGCAAUUAUCGAUGCGCUACGACUUUGCAACCGCUACGCAAAAUUCGUUCAUCUCGUCCCCGGCGAGGCUGAUGCAUACUGCGCCCAGCGGCUCUCAAAAUCUGGAGGCACAGUUCUCACCUCGGAUUCAGACCUGCUGGUACAUGAUCUAGGCCAUGGCCGUGUCGUGUUUCUUCGCGAUAUCUAUCUUGAUGGUCAAUCGAGACUGGCGUGUGCUAGCUUCUCCCCUGCGCAUAUCUGCGAGAAGGUGAAGCUUUCACCUGCAUCUGAGAUCUGCCGGUUAGCUUACGAGCGUAAGCGCUCGCCUCAUUCCACGCUUCCUCAGCUUCUGCGAGAUUGUGCCAAGGGAGUUGCCGACACAGCAGGUUACGCGGAGUUCUGCCAUGAGUAUCUUGAUCAUGAGACAGCACCAUUGCCCGUGUCAACGGCAAGCGGGGAUAUACGAAUUGGGACAUUAGAUCCCCGGAUAUCAGAGCUGAUUCUACAGCUGGGCAACCAAGAUGUCCAACCAAAUGAUCCAAAUGGCGACAUGAUCUUUCUACCCAUCCUCCUUGAGAACCCCUCCCGCGGAAGUGCCUGGGAGCAGAGUACUCCAAUCCGCCAACUGGCUUAUACGGUGGCUCGAUGGAUCAUUCCCGGCCCAUCAUCAAUCGUCCAAGAGUAUCGGCGUGUUAACACGAGCGUGCAAAAAGGCCGACAAGUGCACAUGCUACCCAAAGAAGCUGCAAAGGUGUGGGCCCAAGACCUCACGAACCUGAUGUCUGAGGCCAAUGUGGAAUCACGGGGCGAUGCAGUUCAGGCAUGGCAUAUGCUCUGCCUAACCUUGGACAUUAGACACUGUUGCGAGGAAGGCAAGAAAUCUCACGUACUGCAGAUUCUUGAGGAAUGCUUGCAGCAAACAGCGUUCAAAAGAGUCUCUUGGGACAUCAUCCACUUCGUUGCUCAGCUGCAGGCGGCGCAUUACUCGUUCCGCCUUCUUAAACAGGCCAUAUCCCUUGCAUCUGUCGAGGAAACAAUGCCGGAGCUACAUAGCAUGCUUUCCUCCCUCCCGUCGUUGGCCGAGUUUCCAACUAUCGAGAGUACCCUAGAGUUUCUGCGAAAGAGCGGCGAUGCACAGAUCUUGAAAACCAUCACUAGGCUAGUACCGUUACCAAACACGGAUCCUGAAGAGCAACCUAGGAGAACUUCGACACCAAAGAAGCGGAAGGCAGUCAAGCAGCAUGGCCGCGGCAAGAAGGCUGGACCAGGAAACACGGCCACACGUAACCCGUUUGAUAUCUUGUCCCACGACACAUGA